AAACUCCGGGUUCGAGUUUGUCUACAGUGGCGCUAUUCGAAGUGAAAAAGCUCUCAAAAUUUGAAGCCCUUGUUCCUUCCUCCAUGGAUGUACAAGUGUGUAUUUUUAUACCUGCAUGAAGGGGUCCACGUUUAGAAGUGCGCAGAACUUACACCCUGACCCCCACCAAAACAUCUUAAAGAUGUUCCGAGUUUACACAGAAGCCUUAAAUUGAGAAUGGCUGUAACCCGGAAGUCAUUGUCGACCCACAGCAACACAUCGCACACUACAUACAUGACAAUAUUACACAACUCAGUCAUCAACAGUCGGUGAAUUUUUCACUCUCAUCUUCGUGAAUAUUUCUUUGCACUACCGUAACGAUAGAAAAUGGGAAAUGUGUUACGGCUGCUGUAACGAUAGCCGCUGCGAAUUUUAAUUACUAUUAGACUCACUCUCCAUACAACCGCUGAAGUGCCGUCGGGACUACAUUCUUUCUGUUGUAAAGUUCUAAAAGGACCAGUUCAGCAAGAAUAGAUCCCUAGUUGCUAUGGCAACUGAAGACAAGGAUGAGACAAGGUCUCAGUGCACACCCAGGGAUCUCCUGCUCAUCGCCAAGGAUUCCUCUGAUAUGGUCAUGAUGCCGACUAGAGCUUACGAUGAAGUCUACCCAAAAAUCUUCAUUAGUGAAAAGAGUUUUGCCCUGAAUAAAGAUGCCCUCAAGAAAGUUGGAAUCACGCACAUCCUGAACACAGCGCAGGGUGUAGGGUUCGGCCAUGUAGACACAGAUGAGGAAUAUUACAAGGACACGGGAAUGACAUUCCAGGCCAUCAAGGCGACAGACACCCCUAGAUUCAACAUGUCGCCCUUCCUGCAUGAUACGGCAGAGAUUAUAGAAAAUGCUCUGCAAAAUAAAGGCACUAUUCUAGUUCACUGCGUGGAGGGUUUCAGUCGUUCAGCGACCGUUGUCGUUGCAUUCCUGAUGAUCAAACGAGGCAUGGACGCUCGCGAUGCACUCCGGACCGUCCGGGCCAAACGAGAAGUCUGCCCAAACAACGCUUUCUUGAAACAACUUUGUGAACUGAACGCAAAACUGUUUGAAGAAGGGUCUUGAACUUUUAAGGCCAAAAAAAAAAAGUCUUCGGUUUCUGGUAUGCGCGCGCGUCGCCAUAGCCAUGCGCGUCGGCAAA